AUGAAUCAGAGACCAAAAAAAGAGCGCACAGGUCUUAAAGCGUUCAGCACUAUGAUACUUUCCAUCCUGCAAAAAGAGAAAUCAAUAGAAUAUACGAAGGUAGCUGACAUAAUUAUGGCGAUGUCCGAGGGAACGGGAGACGAUAAGAAUGUCAAAAGACGUGUCUACGAUGCUCUGAACGUAAUGUGUGCUGUGGAUCUCGUCAGAAAAGACAGGAAGAUGGCAUAUCUUACGGAUAAUCAGCUGUGCUCGUGCGAGAUGGAGGUGGAGAAGCGACUGAUCAAGCUGGGGCAGUCCAUAAUAUCGACGCCAAAGCUCCGAGAAAGAGUGGAGGAAAAAAGAAGAGUGCUGGAGGAAACAAUAAAAAGAAAAGAGCUGCUGGUGAGGCUGAUAGAAAGGAACAAACAAAGGGAGUAUUUGGAAGAAAAAGAAAAGCUGCAUCUUCCCUUCAUUUUAAUUAGCACAAAGAAAAAGUCGAGAAUCGACUGCGAGACAAAUGAUAAAAGAUCCUACUUCAAGUUCAUCUUCACGAGCCCGUACAAAAUAUACGAAGACGUGCACAUUCUCAAGCAAAUAUUUGGAGAAAAAGAAGCUAGAGCAGAAGUGAGGGAAAGCAGGCCAUUUGGCGACUUUGUGGACACCCUGCAGACAGAGAACAUGCCAGAGCCCACACACCACGCACCAAACCCCCAGUGGCUCCCAAAGGCUGAGAUAGAGAGGAUAACGCCCGGGAGCCCCCUAGGAUCCAGCUACAUUUUUACAGAAGAUGACGAUUGGCUCAAUCUCUACAACUUUUUAAAUUAA